UUGGACUGCGCCUAUGUCACUGAGACUCUAUUUUGGGGAUAUGUGUUGUUAGAAAGGUCAGAUAAAGAAGCAAAGGCAUCCUCGCAAAGCAGAGAGGGUGUCGGGUAAAAGUAGCAGAGAGUGGAUAUCCACACUCCACGUACACUCACAUCACACACAACAAACAGAGAGACAAGACAGCACUCGACAUUGUUACUUCUAGAAAAACGAAGGUCUGAGAGAGCGCUGUUCGCAAGGAUUGGAUCAGCAUCAUGGAUGGAGACGCAGUCGACCAGGAGACAUCUUUAAAGAGGACGGACACAAGCAACAUCCAUAAGACAGAUGAACCACAGCUUGUGGAGAGUACAGACCCAGGAGGCGGGACUCCAGAGGGGGACACACUGGAAGGUCGGCGGGUAAUGGCCGGGGGGGCAAAGGGUAUCGUGGCACAAGUGGGAGGUGAGGAACCAAAGACAGCUGCUUCAAAGUCAACUGAAGGUGACGCCGAAGACGAAGGACAAGAUAAGGACAAAGCAUCUGCUCGUGUUGACAGGGCGGGUCCAGGAGAGAAACAGGGUGAAGCAGAGAGGGGGCGGGGUAAGCAUGAAGGGCAGGUGGACGACAUCAAAAUUAGAGACUCUCUCAAAGAUGGAGAUGAGAUGACGAGUGAGAAAGCGGAGGAAAAGGUCAAUGGUGAAAAAGGUGUGGAUAAGGUGAACGAGAAAAAAGGUGUUGAUGACACAGUGAAUGAGGAAAAGGCUGGUGACACAGUGAAUGAGGAAAAGGCUGGUGACACAGUGAAUGAGGAAAAAGGUGUUGAUAAUGCGAAAGAGGAAAAGGCUGGUGACACAGUGAAUGAGGAAAAAGGUGUUGAUGACACAGUGAAAGAGGAAAAGGCUGGUGACACAGUGAAAGAGAAAAAAGAUGUUGAUGACACAGUGAAAGAGGAAAAAGGUGUUGAUGACACAGUGAAAGAGGAAAAGGCUGGUGACACAGUGAAAGAGAAAAAAGAUGUUGAUGACACAGUGAAAGAGGAAAAAGGUGUUGAUGACACAGUGAAUGAGGAAAAGGGUGGUGACACAGUGAAUGAGGAAAAAGGUGUUGAUGACACAGUGAAAGAGGAAAAGGCUGGUGACACAGUGAAUGAGGAAAAAGAUGUUGAUGACACAGUGAAAGAGGAAAAAGGUGUUGAUGACACAGUGAAAGAGGAAAAGGCUGGUGACACAGUGAAUGAGGAAAAGGGUGUUGAUGACACAGUGAAAGAGGAAAAGGCUGGUGACACAGUGAAUGAGGAAAAGGGUGUUGAUGACACAGUGAAAGAGGAAAAGGCUGGUGACACAGUGAAUGAGGAAAAGGGUGUUGAUGACACAGUGAAAGAGGAAAAGGGUGCCGAUAAGGUGAAUAAGGAAGACGGCAUUGAUAGUGAGCCAGAAAAGCAGGAGAAGAAAAAACAAGUCAAAGAAGCAGAAACAAAAGAUGAAGAAAAAUUAAAAGAGGCGGAAAAGCCAGGGAAGCCCAAAAGAGCCCCAAAAGCCACACCUCAAGCUGUGUCCCGUCCAAGACUCUCAGGUCGCUCUGGCAGGGCGUCCAACAAGAGAGACAUCAUCGCUAAGUUCCAGCAAGGCGCACCAGUGACGCCCACACCACGCAACUUCAAAAUUCAAAAGUCAUCAACAGCUUCGGCCACGGGGGCUUCCAUCAAACAGAGGAUGCUUCAGUGGUGCCGCAGCAAAACUCGCAACUACCAGGGUGUCAACAUAGAAAACUUCUCAUCAUCUUGGUGUGACGGGAUGGCUUUCUGCGCAUUAAUGCACCGCUACUUCCCUGAUGCUUUCGACUACAGCGCCUUGAAACCCACAGAGCGGGAGAAAAACUUCACACUGGCCUUCCAGACUGCAGAGUCCUUGGCUGACUGCUACCCCCUGCUGGAAGUUCCCGACAUGCUCAUGAUGGGCAACAACCCAGACCCAAUGUGUGUGUUCACCUAUGUCCAAUCCCUGUGCCACAGCCUCUCCAAGAUCGAAAAAGAGAGGAAGGAAAAAGAGGAGAAAGCAGGUGAAGACAGCAAAGGGCAAGGAGAGAACGCUGCCAAGGAAGAUGAGAGCGAGACGCUGAGUGGUAAAGAGGAGACAGGAAGUGGUAUCUCUGAGGCCGAAAUAGCUGCAGAGGAGGAAGAGGCACCAAACAGCUGUGAGAUGGAGGAAGAUGGAGGAGUGUUAGUCGAAGCAGAGUCCUAAGGAAGGAAUGACCAAAGAAGAGUUUGUUCAUGGGUGCACUGAUUUGAGAGCAUCUUCGUUUGUUGUUGGUUUGCUUAAAAGGCACCAUGACUUCUUUUUACAUAUGCAGUCGUCCCUCGCCACUUUCAACAUUGCUCCCUCACUCUAUCAUGGUUUUUCACAAAUUCAUUCAUUAAUAAAUGGCUUACUGUGGCCUAUUAUUACUCAAAAAUAUUAAAAGAAGUCGUAUGCCGUAUUCUGAUCACUAGGGUGUUAGUAAUGUUACAUUGAUGAGACAUUACAUUACGUUACCUUAACACUGCAUGAAUUCAGCCGUGGCACGUCUGACAUGUUGGAGUGGGAAAAAAAGUUCUCCUCCCAUUCUGUGUGGAAGUGGUACGUUUUUGGCUUCUUACUUUGUCCUUCUUCCCCAGUCCGUUUGAAAAUCUUUCUUAAGUUUAGAAUAUAUAAGUUGGAGACUAACCAGUUAGCUCGUUAGCUUGCUAUGUUUAAUGUAGCGGCGGCCUCUUGUGUCCCUGCAGUGAUUCGUAGCCUGCGCACUAGAGUUGUGAAAGGUGAUGUAAACUAAUAAUAAUAGGAGUGGAAAGGUGACUGUAGUGGUGUUAUUUCAUGUCUACAGGGCUCUAGUAAUAUAUAUAAUUUUUUUAAAACACGCGUUUAGAAUGUCAUAAACAGGGUUUUAUGUUCUAACUACGAAAAUAUUACAUUUGAUAAUAUUACAUAAUAUUGGUUCUGGAACCAAUUAACUGUGACAAACGCGGGACGACCGUACACUACUGUGUUGGUACUAUGCACAUCCACUUGUUUGAUUCUUAAUUCUUGUGUACUCUGAAAAAAGAUUACAUUUUUCCUCCCUUUUCAGAACAAUUUAAAAAUGGGGGAAUGGACAGAAAAAGGAGAUUACAAUUAAGGUUGUGUGAUGAAUUCAAGAUUGUAUAGUAUAUAUAUCCCAGUGGCUGUUCCCUGGCUGGAUGUUAUCACUAACACAUUAGGGUGAUUAGAAUCUCUUACAACUAGUUAUCUUUUGAAGAAAACUAUGUACUGUAACAUGAUCGCGACUAUAUACAGUCGAUCAGAAGUAUUUCAUAUGUAUAUCAGCAAGCAAUGUACAGUUGCACUCCACAUUAUUCAAGCCAAAAAGGACUUGAAUGAAUUUGUAAUAUUAGAUGAGUCGCACUAUUUCAAUUGUUUUGUUGGUUUGUUGCACACUCCUGCGAGUUUAUGAAUAUUUCAGUAAACACAAGUUAAAAUGAUGGUUGGAUCAU